CUAUCUGCUAGUCCUCGCCAGGAAAUAGGAUUCGAGUGCAACUUCAACUCGCGACCGCAUCCCGUGCCUCCAUCAGUAAAGAUUUAGAAACGAUGCCGUCAGGCUCGGGUGGCACGAACAGUGGCUCCCGGCCGGGGACCACGUCCGGGGCUGGAACGACCCGUCGCGUCAGCAACCCCGAAGAGGAGCUGCAGACCCAGCUACAGCAUCUCCUCAUCAGUCCAGAUGCGGACAUCGACCACUUUUUCGAGAAUGGGCCGACGUUUCUCGAAACCUUCCUUGGUCUGCUCCAGGACCGGCUGCACUUCAGGCCCAACGUGAUCCACAUCCGCGGCGACCGUAUUCCCAGCGUGGACAAGUCCAACCGAGACCUCGCCAAGGACCUCUUCGAGGCCGCAAAAGUAGAGGGGUUUGCGGGGGAAAAAGACACGCUACGGAUCAUCGAAAAGUAUUUCGACGAAAAAGUCGCCGUGGACCGCAGUCGCGUGCGUAUGGAGGGCGCCCAGUCCUUGCAUCCGCAGGACAUCCCGGGGACCUACCCGGUCGGGUGGACCAAUGAGAACGAGGAGGAGGAGGACUCGGAUGAGUUCGAUGUCGACGACAUGCCCGGGUUCGUGCACCCGAACACGCGGAAGGCGCUCGCGCGCCUGGGUGCGAAAGACAAGGCGGACGCAAAACUGAAGAUGCAGGAGAACACGAAGAAGGUAUCGAUGCUAAAAUCCGCCCCAAUCGCGGGGAAAGCCAAAGAGUCCUUUUCGGACGACGAACUCGACUUCAAGGACCUCCUCGCCAAGGUCGGGCAAAACAACCCCUCUUUGACAAUGAAGUACGUCUUACCCUUUUUCCAGCAUUUGAACUUCGACAACAUGCCGAAACUGACGUUCUUACGAAUCCCGAGCAGCUUCGAGCGGUUAUCUAGAGUCUCCCUCAACCGGUGCUCUUUAACCUCAUUGGCCCCCGACUUGCUGGCCGCGCCGCAGCUCGAACAGCUCUCGCUGUACAACAACUCCAUUUCACGCGUGAAACCUUUCGACCCGUCGCAACACAAGCGAAACAAACAACUGAAGUUUCUCGGGCUGGGCUCCAACUUCCUCGAAGGCCCGCAGGUAGAGGAAAUUUGCGAGUGGUUUUCCGCUUUACUGGUCCUCGACGUGAGCUUCAACUUCGUUGUCGACCUGGACGCGUUUAACGAAAGUUUGAUGAGAAUCGACCUGACCGGAAACCCGUUAUCGUUCGCACCGGAUUUGAAAUACCUGCUCGCCGACAUGUUUCCGCGCGCGACGCCACCGGAAACGAUUCGGGAAUUGGAAUCGGGAAAGUUCGCCCAGUCGCUGCUGGGGAAAACGACGGCAACAAUGACGCAAACUUUGAAAGCAGCGGAAGAUGACGAACCACAAACAAUUCAGCUGGACAGCAUUGCGCACAAGGUACAACUGGAGACUAAGCUUCCUGAUAUGGCUGUGCUUGUUUUUCUCAUUCUUCGCUCUUGAUGAACGUGCCUUAUGCACAUCUUUUACUGCGCCUUACUUGAACUUUAUCAUGAAGCUUCAGCUUCUUGACGUUGACCUUGACUACAUGAUUCAUUGGCAAUAAAAACUACCACAACGUCAGCCCGUUCCAGUGAAGAUGACGGUUGUCUCCGGGUCGAACUUGCACCUGCUUUCCACCGACACUGAAGUGCUUUCCGCGGGGAACCUCCACUUGAAAAUAGACGUACCCGAUUCCACCUCCCCACCAGUCUACAUCCCGCUCACCACUACGGGCGACGUUCCCGACCUCGCGGCUCUCUCCGCCGCGGUCCAAGACCCGGAGCAAGAUAAUCCAGAAAGUUCCCAACUUGCAUUCGACACGAAUACGACGGAAUGGACCGACGUCUAUUCCCCGGCGCAAAUCUGCAGCUGGAUUGUCGGCGUGCCCUACAUCGAAAUUGGUUAUUCCCGCUCGCCAAGUGAGGAGGAAGUGGCAGCAGUUGAGGCGGAGCAGGCGGAAAACCCCGACGCACCGGCGCCAAACCGCAUCGCGAAGUACUUCACGCCGUUCGCCGGCGCUAGCAUCGACGUGCAGCGGUGGCUGUGGGAUCCCAGAAAGCCGCUGAACAAUUUGUGCACUCCGCUGGUAUUGUGCCCGGACUGCAACUUGCCGAAAAACCGAAUGCCGCAUUUGAGGGCGGUGCAGGGACCGCCGGGUAUGCAGUUGCAUUUGAAGAUGUUGCUCGACUACAGUGCGUGCUGAGGGAUUAUUUUGUGCCUGUCAGGAAGGAGCUGCAAGCUGUGACGAGCUGCUUGGCGGCUUUUGGCACCUGACGAGCACCAGGCCGAGUCAAUUCGAAACUAAUGACAGUCGAGGUAUGAUAGAAUAUGAAGCAAUGUUGUAGCAAUCCAAUCGCAAUCGAUGUGGAUGUUGCACCAGAGUAAACACACUUAUAAUUUUGUAGAUGCAAUUUUCGUCUACGCGGCCAGUUUUUUCAGAUCUUUC